AUGCUGCAAGGCUAUCAGUUGCAGGGGUUUGAUAAACUGUCGCCCUUUGCCAAAAUUACGGUCCCUGAAUUUUAUAAGGAGCCGGAGUUCACAAGGAAAUAUGACGGCAUCGGAUGUCCGAAGACUCAUUUGAAGUACUAUCUGGGCAAGAUGGCUCGUUAUUCAGAUAAUCCCCCACUUCUGAUCAAUUCUUUUCAGGACAGCCUGGUUGGUCCUGCGUUAACUUGGUUCAUAGAGUUGGACAUGGAGAAAUUCCGUACUUGGGAAGAUCUCGUUGAUGAAUUCCUUCAGCAAUGCAAAUUCAAUACUGAAAUCGCUUCGACUCGAGAAGAAUUAGUUCGGGUCGAGAAAAGAAGAACUGAAUCAUUUAGGGCCUACGCUCAAAGAUGGAGGGUCACUGCGUCUCAAGUAAAACCGCCAUUGUCUGAGAAAGAGACCAUGAAGUUGCUGCUUCAAGCUAUGCCCUGUGAUUUUUUCGAAAAGAUGUACAACCAUAUUUGUAUGAACUUUGCUACAUUUGUAGAGUUAGGAGAACGCAUCGAAGGGAUCAUGCGGGAAGGAAGGUUGUCUGAGAACACAAAUUGUCGAUAUACCCCGAAGAGGGAUAAGGAAUUGACUGUGGAGAUCGCUUAUGUACAAAAUUCCUCUUCUCAGAAGCCGUAUAAUCCUCAAGCUCAUAAACGCGCCAUAGAGGUAGGGGGUUCUUCCAGGAACUUUGAGCAUAAAGGAAAAGCCCCUCAAAGGCAAUUUACUCCAUUACCUAGGCCCAUGUCCCAACUACUUCCAAUGUUGAUCGAAAAUCAUCUUGUGGCGAAAGAGAUCCCGAGGGAUAAUCCGCCAAAGUAUGUUGGGUACAACCCUAAUAAGGCAUGUGAAUAUCAUAUGGGAGAGAAAGAUCAUCAUGUGGAUAACUGUUUCGUGCUCCGUUAUAAGAUCCAUAAUUUGCUAGAUAAAAAGCUGCUCACCUUCAAGGAUUCAGCACCGAAUGUCCAACAAAAUCCUCUUCCAAAGCAUUCUGAAAAUGUCAACAUGAUUUAUGGGGAUGUUGAUGAAGAUAUACCCUUGAUGGAUACCCAGGAGAUGAAACAGAGCAUGCCAUUCGAUGAUCACCAGUUGAAAGGUCACAUCGUUCAUGAAGAAGACUUUAUUUCAAUUUUGCCAAAGGAUAAAGAGGUCUACUCAUAUGACACGGAAGAGGGAUACAAAACUUCCCAUUCAGACCGUGAAUUUGUGAAGAAAGCCCGUGAGAAGGGUGGGGUAGUAGACACCUUGGGACAACCAAGUGGGAAAUACGACUUUAUAGUCAAGUAUACUCCUCCAAGUUAUUUCCAAAACUCUAAAGACAUCGUCCCUAGUGGAUGGGGAGAGGAAUUCAAGGAUGAAUUCAUGGCUAUGAUUGAAUCUGUUGUAAUUGAUCUGACUAAAGGAAAAAUCCCAUGUGGGAGUGAUACAACUGCUAAGAGUGUCAUUGAAGUCGGCUCAUUGGUUGAUAAUUUUGGAGCCAUGAAGAUCUCAAACACGGGUUUUGGUCCUGUUGUGAUCGAGUUACCACCAGAAUUAGGUGAAUGUUCUAACACUAAAGUGAUUCCUAUUUUUGACACUAGGGCGGUCCCUUGGAAUUAUAAUACAAAUGAAAUCGACGCCGUCACCCGAUCGGGUCGAAUCUACCCACCACGUGAAGGUGAGGAAAAGAAGGCUGUAACUGAUGAGGAACCUGAACAACUCCUUAAAACACUCAAGACAAGUGAGGCUGAAGUGAUUGAUCAAUUGCGCAAGAUGCCUGCGCAGAUUUCUCUAUGGGAGCUCUUCAAGACCUCUGAAAAGCAUAGAAAUGCUCUCCUCAAAAUUUUAAAUGAAGUUCAUGUACCCGAGGCUAUUGGAGAAGUACAGUUGGAGGAGUUUGUGGGUGCAAUACUUCUAAGAGAUCAAAUUACUUUCUCUGAGAGAGACCUCCCUCUUGAGGGCCAAGCACACACUAAGGCGUUAUAUGUGUCUGCUCAACAUUUUGAGACAAAGAUUUCGAAGGUCCUGAUCGAUAAUGGCUCUGCCUUGAACAUUUGCCCUUUAUCCACCCUUCAUAAAUUAGGGAUAGGAAUGGAAAAUGUCUCUUCUCCAACAAUUCCUGUUCGAGCCUUUGAUGGGAUGAAGAGAGAAACAAUAGGGGAAAUCGAUUUACCACUGACGAUUGGCCCUAUUACCAUGACUCAAAAGUUUCAAGUACUGGAUAUCCCGAGCAACUUUAGCCUGCUACUGGGACGGCCUUGGAUCCAUGCUGCAGGAAUUAUUCCUUCUAGUCUUCAUCAGAUGAUGAAACUUCCUAUCAAUGGAAAGAUUGUGACUAUUCGACGUGAAAGAGAUGUGGAGACUUUCAAUAACACGGCCAUACCUUUCAUUGAGCCUGAUGUUAAGAGAGAGUCGAGCUAUCACUCGUUUGAGAUGGUGUCUGUCACUCAUGUGCCUGUUGGGUCGAUUAUCAGAAAGCCUCGGUUCUCAGAGGCUUCCCUGAUGGCAAGUAGAGAAUUGCUCAAAAAUGGUUUUGCUAUGGGGAAAGGUUUGGGUAAGUCAGCCCAAGGCAUGCCAGAUCCUAUUAAAGUGGUCAAAAUCAACAAGCGUGAAGGCCUGGGUUAUCAAGGCGAUCGUAAGGGUCAAGGUAAUCGCAAAGGCCCAAACAUCAAGGGUAAAAGCUACCAACGUCUCUUGCCUCUACCUUUGAAAGAUUUCUUUCCUGGUUCGCCUAAGCUCUUGCAAGAAGAAGAGGCCAAUGUUUAUCACUUUGCUGAUUUGUUUGAAGAUGGUCUAGUUGGCACUAUUAGUGAAGAUCAAGAGCCUACAAUUCCCACUGUGUAA